CAACGUGGAUCAGAAUCGAUCAGAAAUCAACCUGUAGAAAUGUYUAAAACUCCAAAAAGGCCGCAAAAUGAAACUGAAAAAGAAGCUCCGUUUGGAUACGAAGRAGUUCAACUCGACCAAAACUCAUCUUGCCCAUCGCUUGAGGAGACAAAACGAAAAAAAGAGUUCUGGUUAAUUAAAGUUCCUGAAAAUUUUGAUGCUAGCUGUCUGACAGGACAGACUGUUGUAUUGAAUGGUGUUCAAGACAUACCAAACCAUAACUCAAAAGAAAAUAAUGACAGAUAUGAAGUUCUCUCGAAACCUAUAAACAGUUCAUUGCCAAGUUCRUUCAAAGCUCUUCUUCCAUCAUCAAGUGAAAAGACAUUAUGGUCUGCCAAGACAUUCAAAGGCAGCAUGAGUGUUGUGAAGUCAGUUAGCAUUCCAACACCAGAUACAGAUGUACAGCCUAARUUUCGCUGCAAUGUGGAAGCACCUGAUAUCAAAUGUAGAUGGCAGCCAUUUGGAUAUAAACAACCAUUUAAUGCUCAUACAGUUGAUGUAAAAGAAGAUAACAUUAAAUCUAAAGAUGAUGCUUCUAAAACUMAUAAAAGAAUAACGGCAAAAARAMGCACAAGAMACGAAGAAAACACAGAUUCWAACGCGGAAAUUCUCAGCGUCCAAGUGAAAGUGGAAAGAGAAUCACCAGGAAAAACUGAAAACAACCAAGAAAUAGAAAUAAAAGAAGAAAAGUUGAYUUCACCAGUUAAAGUUAAAGUGGAACUAGAAACGCCGAAAAAGAAACGAAAAAAGGGCAAAUAAYUUGURAAAUACCAAUGCAAUAAUCCUUUACUGAUUUGAUGUAGUURUUUUCCUCAGUGGUACAAUGUAAAAGCUUCCCAUUUUCUUUGCAGAAACACACAAUAGAAUCCUCUAUUYCAAUCUUUAA